AUGGAUUAAAUAAUUGAAUUAAUAUAAUGGUCAGCCUAGCCAGAUAAUCAGAUUUAAAAAUAAGUGUAUAAAAGAGCUUAGGAAUUGAGUUAAGACACAUAAUUUUUAAUUCAUUUAUGUUCUGUUAUAAUUGGAAAUUAUGAUGCAGAAAUUAGAUAUAGGGCUGCUGUGAUAUUGAAGAGUGCCGUUAAAAAUUGCACUACUUUGCCUGAAACAUUAUAGUAGAUGCUUAUUUAAGUGGAUUUAAGUAUUUAAAUAAUGCGGCAAGCAUUUGUUAUCAUUGUACCUGAAGUUGUAGUAAGAAAUGGAAUCAAAAAUAGCAAUAUAAUGAUGGAAUAUUUAAUUAAAUUGAUUGAUUCUGAUCCAGUCAUAGCAACUGAUUGUUUAUCCAAAAUAAUAGAGGAUUUAAAAUUCAAUUCUGAAAAUAUCAAUUACUAUGGAACAGAUACAGGAUUGUAAUUAAUAGAUCAAUUAAUUUUUAAAUUUAUAUCCUUGGUUGAACAUUCUAAUACCUAAGUCGUAGUAAAUUCUUUAAAUUUUUUAAAUUACAAUAUUUUCUUUAUGCCCCCUUCACUAAACCAAUAUAUUGAUUGUUACAUUAAUAUUUUGAUUACUGGCACACGAUCUUAGGAAUAGUAAAUAAGAUUAAAGUGUUUUUAAGGUAUUUAAGCUUUAAUAGAAACAAAUAGAGAUAAAAUAAAGUAGAUGAAUUUAGUUAUUAUGGCAUGUGUUUAAUCUUUAUCAGAUCCAGACAAAGAAGUUGUUCGAUUUGUUGAAUUAUGUUUAACUGACUUUUUGAGAUUUAAUGAUGCAGAAGAUUACGAAAAAACUCACUUACUCGAACCCUAUUUAUAAUAAAUAUUGCAACCUAUUAUUCUGAAUCUGGCAAUCACCAGGUCAGAUCAAAUAGCCAUAUAACCAACAUUUUCAAAUAGUUACAACUAAGGUGGCAAAAAUGAGGAUGAAGAAUAAGAUGAGGAGAAAACUCUGGGAGAAUAUUCUCUAAGAUCAGUCUCAAAUUUAUUGCUUAAAAAGUUAAUAGAAUUUUAUGAUAAAACCAUAGUUCCUAUUGUGUUACAAAUUAUUGAUCAAUUAUAAUAACAAUAAGAUUGGAAAUAAUAAGAAAUUGCUGUUAUUUGUCUUGGGUUGUUUGCAGAAAAAAUAAUGGAGAAUCAUGCUAAUCUCGUACCAAAUAUAUUAAUGUCCUUAUUUCAAGAAAAGAACCAAUAAAAUGAAUAUAUUUAUGCUUCUACAUUAUGGACCUUCUCAUAGUAUAAUGAGUGGAUUAAAACAGUAGCUAUCAAUGAGACUCAAUUUAUAUAAUCUUAUCUAAAAUUAUUAUUGAUCUCUAUUGAAAAUUAAUCUAUAAUAGUAAAGGAAUCUGCUUGCUCUGCAUUGAAUUCAUUAUCAAAAGAUGCAUUUUUUAUAUUGUAACCAUACUUAUUAGACUUAUUCUAAGUUUAUUUAAAAGCCCUAUCCUAAAAAGGAGGAGUAUUAUUGUACAUAUAUUAAUCAAUAACCACAAUACUGGCUGAAUGCGAAACUAUCGAGAAUUAGGAAUUAAUAGAUUUAAUAAUGACGAAAUUGAUUAGCAAUUUAAUAGAUUUAAAUGAUUAUAACAUAUGUCCACUUUAUGAAUGUUUGGCAGAAGCAGUUGAAAAAUUUGGAUAAAGAGCAUUAAAAUAUAUUCCAGUAAUUUAUUAAGCAAUAGUGUAAUCUAUGAAUGGUUAUGUGCAAUCAAUAUAGAAUGGAAAGACAAGACUUUUGUAUUAAUAAAAGGAAAUUCUCAAAAGAUCUUUUGAUGUGUGUAUUAAAAUAAUCAACAUCACAAAAGAAAGUUUCUUAGAAUUGUGUGAUUAGUCAUUCUUAUAAAUUGUUGAUCUCGCUAUAUAAGACACAGAAACAGAUGUGAAACAAUAUGCACUUUCUCUGAUAGGUGAAUUAAUUAAAGAUUGCUAUACAAUUUUCAAGAAUGUCAAUAUUGCUAUAGUAUUAAAUGAAUACAUCUAUGCUUAAUCUAUAAGCAUUGACCCUUCAAAGUUAUUUCUGGCUACUUCCAAUAAUGCUGCCUGGGCAUUGGGAGAAUUGGCUAUGAAAGACCCAGCAAAACUUACAGUUAUCUUUAAUGCUGUUAUGGAAAAGUUGAUAAAAAUAAUAAAUGAACCAAAAUUUCCAAAAUCCAUCGCAUAGAAUUUAUGUAUUGCAAUAUGCAGGAUUGCUGGGUCACAUAUAUAGUAAAUCGAAGAGUUCAUCCCCAGUUUUUUUAAACGAGUAUGUUUAAUCCUUAGUUAAAUAAAGAGUCAAUCUUUAGAUGAAUACAAAGAGGAAUCGUUUAAGAUCCUCAUCAAUAUAGUGAAGAUGUAUCCAGGGAGGGUGAUUAACGACAUCAAGUAUUUUGUGUAUUGUAUUGUUGCCUCUAAUGAGUUCCCCUCUAUAAAACCUCUUUUUGUUAAUAUUUUAUAAGAAUUGUAACAGUCUUUUGGAUAACAAAAAUUUGAUAGUAUGUUUAGUAGUGAUGACUUGCCUAAUGGAUUUAGGAUGAAAAUGAUCAAUAUUUAUGGUGUGUGA